CUGAGAAUUUUCGAGCCAUCUCUACAACAAAAUCUACUGCAUUUGGGUUAUCUCCUGACUCCCUAGAAUCAGCAAUUCUCUUAGAUGUGGAAAGUGGGUUAAUGCCACUGUUUUUAUGUGCCACUGUUGGGACUACUUCAACAACUGCCAUAGAUCCAUUAGGACCGCUAUGUGACGUGGCAAAACGUUAUGAUAUGUGGGUCCACAUGGACGCUGCAUAUGCCGGAAGCGCAUGCAUCUGCCCGGAGUUCCGACACUAUAUUGAUGGAGUUGAGGGUGCAAACUCAUUUAGUCUGAAUGCACAUAAGUGGUUCUUCACUAAUUUGUAUUGUUGUUGCCUUUGGGUUAGGGACCCAAAUGCACUAAUCAAAGCUCUGUCGACAAAUCCUGAGUACUUAAGGAACAAGGCUACUGAAUCAAAGCAAGUGGUGGACUACAAAGACUGGCAAAUAGCUCUAAGCAGACGAUUUCGAGCGAUGAAGCUGUGGCUUGUGCUGCGAAGUUACGGUGUAGCUAACCUUAGGAACUUGAUAAGAGGUCACGUCAAUAUGGCCAAGCAUUUUGAAGGGCUUGUAGCAAUGGACAGUAGGUUUGAGGUUGUUGCCCCUAGAAACUUUGGAUUGGUUUGUUUUAGAAUUUCCCCAUCGGCUCUUACUCUUAGUGAUCACAAUCACAACAACAAGGCUUCUGAAUCUGGAUCCGAUGAAAACCAUGCAAAUGAAAUCAACAGCAAAUUGCUGGAGUCCAUCAAUGCAUCAGGACGGAUGUACAUGAGUCAUGGUGUUACUGGAGGAGUUUACGCCAUUCGUUUCGCAGUGGGUGCAACUCUUUCGAACUAUCAACAUGUGGACCUGGCUUGGCAAGUGAUUCAGGACCACGCACAUGCCAUACUUGCUGCUUCCUUAAAUUCCCCACCUAGUUUUUUCCCUUAAGGCUUCCGAAAAAUGUUAUGGCGCAAGACUAAAGCAUCCAGAUUUUUUCUGGAUAGUGAUUAUGUGUUAUCGAUUGAAUUGAUAAAGUGUGAGUUUAAGUGUGAAAUAAAUUUAAAUUAUAGAUUAAUAUUUAUGGGUAAAAUUCGGGGUAAUAUUUCUAAGAAAGUUGUAUUACUAUAUGUUGCCCCACUUCUAAGAUGUUUAGCCAAUAACAACUGUUUGU